GCCUCUGGAAUUUUCAUGAUGGUUGUUCAAAGAGAAAAUGUGCAUGAUGAGGAGAAGGUAUGAAUGUAAACAUGGAGUCGGAGUUACUUCCCCUGGAUUGAUAGAUGGCGCUCAGUAGGUUAAUUGCCAAUCAAACCUCACAACGUUUAUUGGCGGUAUAUUCGCCUGUUGCACUCAACAUUUGCGCCAAAUCACUCUGGGUAGACAGUUGCAGGACGGACAAAGGUUCAUGUUCAAACCUCAGAAUGUUGGGCUCCGAACAGAUAAAAAGAAUCACAGAGAAAGUAUUUCAAGAUGAAAAUAUCCGCCGGAUUCUACCAAAAGGAAGAUUGUUCACGGUUUCUGUGGAGGGAAAUAUAGGGAGUGGGAAGACAACUCUUCUGGAGUACUUUAAAAAUUCCCCAAAUGUAGAGGCAGUAAGAGAACCGGUGGAGCAGUGGACCAAUGUACAGGGACAUAAUGCACUGAAACUGCUGUAUGAAGAUCCUAAGAGAUGGAGUUUCACAUUUAAUCUGUAUGCUCAACUGACAAGAAUCCAGAUGCAUGCCAAACAGACCGAAAAGCCAGUGAAAUUAUUAGAAAGGUCCCUUCACAGUACAAGAUACUGCUUUGUGGAAAACUGUUACAGAGAGCAAGUGAUUAAUGGUUUGGAGUACUCAAUUCUUAACCAGUGGUUUGACUACUUGACAAAGAAAGACAAUACUGGUUUGGACCUCAUAGUGUAUCUGCGGGCAGAUCCAGAUGUGUGUUACGAGAGAAUCAGGAAGAGAGACAGGAAGGAGGAGGCAUCAGUGCCCAUGAAUUUAAUCCAGGACCUACAUGAUCUCCAUGAGGAAUGGUUAGUUCAGCAGAAAUACUACAAAGCACCUGCACCUGUUCUGGUUUUAGAUGCAAAUUGUGAAUACCGUGAAAUGACAGAGUUGUAUGAGACAAGGAGGGAGGAAAUCCUGUGUGGUUAUGUAUGACGUCUUCACGAUAGAUUAGCUCUGGAUACAAGACUGUUCUAUUCUAAGGCAGCCCGGGAGCAGAAUGGAAAAGAGUGUGCUUUAAACUCAGUGUAUGGAAUGAAGUAGAUGAGUGCCAAAAUUGGAGAGUGUAUAGUGUGUAUAGAUGCAAGAUAAACUUGGAAAGGAUCUCAGAAUGGGCUGACUAAAAGUGUGCAGAAAAAGAAUGAGCGUAAUGGAACAGUUGUUAGAAAAAUGAUAAUUUAGAAAUGUAAAUAAAAAUAAUUUGUGUUCAAGUAAACACUUUAGAACCUUUCGAGUGGAAAUGUAUAUCGUCAUAUUUCUUAGACAUGUACCUCAAAUAAUAGAUUUUAAUUCAGUAUAGACUUAAAUUGAGUUUUUAGAUAUUUUUUUAAUGGCAUAACAUGUUUUUGAUUCUAGUAUGCCAGUUGUGUUCACAAUUAAAGUUGUUUCCAGAUAUAUCUCAGGUAUCAGAUGUUUAUAUAUGUGAUAUUAUACCUCACAAUUUUACCAGUGCUUGGCAAUAGUUUGAUCCUGUAAUUUUAAUCAAAGUGAAAUGUAAUGAAUGAUUGGUGUGAAGUCCAGCAUCAUUUCAUCAACUGUCUCAAUCUUGUUGCAUUUAGUUCUUCUGUCUGAGUGAAAGAUUUUAUGGACAUAUGGAUAAGUUUGAAUAAUAUAUCUACAUAUUGUAGUGCUGUAGAGAAUUAUAGUAAUUGGAUGAAUGAUGUUAGGUGUUUUUCAUUUUGUUUGAAUUAAAAAAAAAAAAACAAACAUAUUUACUGUUAGUGUGAAAGCCAUGCCUGAUUUACAGUUACAGUGUAUUUAAAUAUUCAUAUUGUGAAACACUGCAAAUUUAGUGUUGGUUUUAUAUAUCUCUUUACAGAUUUCUUUUUAUCAAAACAUUCUUUUAAUUUUAGAGAUAUUGUAAAGUAGGAAAUUCUGACUUUUUUUAUGAUAUGGGUACCACAUACUAUCUUGCCUAAAUGCUUGAAAUGAAAGCAAUCGAGUGUAAACUGCAAUUUUUUUGUUUGUUUGUAAACUCAAUUUUGAUGAUCAAAUAUUCAAGUCAUCACAAAAUUUGAUGUUCAAAUAUUCAAGUCUUCACAAAAUUUAAGAUCAAAUCAUUUUGGGCAUUUCUUUUCAAAGUCUGUGUUCAAUACUUUACACUGUUCAUGAUAUUUACUGUAUAUCAGUAUUUACUACAUUAAAUAUUUAUUGAAACUUAAA